AUGACGGCUGAGAGCCGGCCGCCGCCGCCGCAGACGGAGGCGCUAGCGGCCGUGAAGGAGGAGCGCGGUGAGGCUGGGACCGGGGUCGCGGCAGAGGCGGCGGGUCGCGGCGCGGGCGGGCGUCGGCGGAAGCGCCCCCUGCAGCGCGGAAAGCCGCCCUACAGCUACAUCGCGCUCAUUGCCAUGGCCAUCGCGCACGCGCCGGAGCGUCGCCUCACGCUGGGCGGCAUCUACAAGUUCAUCACCGAGCGUUUCCCCUUCUACCGCGACAACCCCAAAAAGUGGCAGAACAGCAUCCGCCACAACCUGACGCUCAACGACUGCUUCCUCAAGAUCCCGCGCGAGGCCGGCCGUCCAGGCAAGGGCAACUACUGGGCGCUCGACCCCAACGCCGAGGACAUGUUCGAGAGCGGCAGCUUCCUGCGCCGCCGCAAGCGUUUCAAGCGCUCGGACCUCUCCACUUACCCAGCCUACAUGCACGACGCGGCCGCCGCCGCCGCCGCCGCCGCCGCCGCCGCCGCCGCCGCCAUAUUCCCGGGCGCGGUGCCCGCGGCCCGCGCGCCUUAUCCGGGCGCCGUCUACGCAGGCUAUGCCCCGCCGUCGCUCGGCGCGCCGCCCCCAGUCUAUUACCCCGCUGCGUCGCCAGGUCCGUGCCGCGUCUUCGGCCUGGUGCCUGAGCGGCCGCUCAGUCCUGAACUGGGCCCCGCGCCGUCGGGGCCCGCGGGCUCCUGCGCCUUUGCCUCGGCGGGCGCUUCCGCCGCCUCCACCGGCUACCAGCCUGCGGGCUGCGCUGGGGCCCGACCUGCCAAUCCCUCCGCCUAUGCGGCCGCCUACGCGGGGCCGGAUGGCGCGUACCCGCAAGGGGCGGGCAGUGCCCUCUUCGCAGCGGCUGGCCGGUUGGCUGGGCCCGCCUCGCCCUCCGCGGGUGGCAGCGGUGGUGGCGUCGAAACCGCGGUGGACUUCUAUGGGCGCACAUCGCCCGGCCAGUUCGGAGCGCUGGCGCCCUGCUAUAAUCCUGGUGGGCAGCUCGGAGGGAGCAGUGGAGGCGCCUACCAUGCUCGCCAUGCGACUGCCUAUCCCGGCGGUGUGGAUCGAUAUGUGUCCGCCAUGUGA